AUGCCUGCUCUUUUUGAAAGAUCAAACGAAGCCGUGUCCCUCAAUCCUCCAACCGGUGCGGAUCUUCACUUAACAUCUCAUGGUUCAGAUUGGUUAUGGGCUGCUUUCUCUCUUUUCGGUGUUUUCGCAGUCGCUCACGCCGGUUUGUUUCUUUUCAAAGGUAAGAAAUCUGUUGGACAUAUUGCUGCCUUGUCAGUAAAUGCUAUUUUGGCUUUCACCUAUUUCACCUUGGCUUCUGAUCUUGGUUGGGCUGCAGUUGAAACCGAAUUCAAGCAUGUCACCGUUUCUGACCCAUUGUUUGAAGAUUUAUAUUACAGACAAGUCUUUUAUGCUAGAUACAUUGGUUGGUUUUUGGGCUGGCCUGUUUUAUUGUUCUUGGUUGAAUUUGUUGGUAAUGGUUCAACUUUCUCUAGCUUUACUCCUAGACUCUUUGCUACUUAUGCCUUGGAAGUCGGUGGAUCUGAAGUCUUUGUUUUGGGCUUGUUAAUUGGCUCUUUGAUCAGCUCUACCUAUAAAUGGGGUUACUUUACCUUCUCUACUGUUUCAUUGUUAUUUAUUAUGAGCAUCUUGAACUACAACAUUUUCAAACAUUAUACCUACUCUACCAUUGCUAAGUUGUCUUUAUUGCUCUUAGACUUAGUCUGGAUUUUGUAUCCUGUUGCAUGGGGUUUAGCUGACGGUGGUAACGUUAUUCAAUCCGAUUCUGAAAAUGUCUUCUAUGGUGUUUUGGAUUUGAUUUUAUUUGCCUUUAUUCCAACUAUUUUGGUCUUCCAAUCCAAUAACGAAGUUGAGGAACCUGUUGUUGUCGGUAAUCACGCUGAUUCCAAGGAAUUGGAGCCUGAAGUCCCAAGAGCUUCUGGUGAAACUGCCGUCUAA